AUGCUCCCGGCCAGGCAGCAGCAGCGGCCGGGCGGCUGGGACCGCUGCCGGAUCAGCGAGAGGCUGCAAGCCGCUCUGGCCGGCCUCCAGGAGCUCCAGGUGCUGCGGGAGAAGCAGCGGGCGCUGGUGAGCAGGGCCUUGGCCAUGCAGCGUCCGGCUGAGGGCAGCCAGGCGACGAGCAAGGAGCAGCGGCUGGAAGCCACCCUGGCUGCCUUGAAGGAGCAACUGGCACGUCUGAGGAGACAAGAUGUUGGACUGAAAAGCCACCUGGAUCAGCUGGACCAACAAAUUAGUGAGCUGAAGUUAGAUGUUGGCAAGACCUCCAUUGACUGCCUUGACAGCGACAGCAGACCCAGCUCAGGCUUCUAUGAAUUGAGUGAUGGUGGCUCCUGCUCUUUAUCCAAUUCCUGUACAUCUGUCUUCAGUGAAUCCAUCUCCUCUUCUCAUGCUAGUCUGCUGUCCAGUACUCAGCACCCCAAAACCUGUCUCAGCAUCUUUGAUUACCGUCCCAAAUCUGCAGAUGAAACCACGGUGCACCACCAGUUCCAGAAGCAAGGGAUCUAUUCUAGUGAUGGAUGCCAAAUCAAGGCUUGCCCUGAUAUUUCAGGGACUCCGAACAGGUCUAGGCCAAGACCGGUUUCCACAGGUGACCUUGAACGACUCACAACAGCAGGUGCAGGCUUCCCCAGAGUAACUGACCCCACAUCCCUUCUUCUGCUUUGUCCAGAAGGGGAAAUCCAGUUCUGUUGUGUAGACUCCAAAUACCAGAGUGACUUGGUCUCUAAGAGUGGGAAUGAUGUGUAUCCUUAUCCUAGCCCACUUCAUGCUGUGGCUUUACAAAGUCCACUUUUUUCUCUGGCAGGGCCACCAUCAGAAACAGAGGGCCACCCUUUGCCUAACAGAACAACACCUAAUGCAAUUGGGCCCUGUUUGAUUAGGACCCGGCCAGUCAUAGAGCCCAGGCCAGGGGGUUACAUCAACAAACUGCUCCAGCUGACACGCUACAGGGGAAAUGAUCAGGUGGAUGCUGGUGAGGGGGGUCCCACAAAGAACCAGCCAUCCACAAUGCACCAGAGACUCAUUAUAAUCCCUAGUACUGGGGGAGUGAAAAUUAACAGCAGUGGCAGCCAGCUGGAAAAACAAGGGAGCUCACUGCGACAUAACAAAGCUGAAGGGAAGCUGCAAAGGGAGAUGCCCGAAGGGGAGUGUGUUGAACAGCAGGGGACUGUGCAGUGUGUGAAUACAGAGCAGACAGCUACUGUGCUUCAUGCAGAGUCAUCAUCAGCUGUGAAUAGUGGUUUUCCUACCAUAUCAUCUGUAAGAGACUCUCCUUUGAUAGAGGGAGGAGAGAGCAGCCUAGACCACAGCUCUUCCAGUUCACAGCUAGCAAAUGAUGAUUCUAGCCUGAGCCCCCCCACUACUAGUGUUGCCCUAGCCAAGAAAACUCACAAGAAAGCUGCCAAGCUCAGUGCUGUGAGGGCAGGAGGUCAUGAACUACUUCCUCAGGGGGAAUUUGUUCAUGCUAAGUUUGUUCCUGCAGAAUCGCAUCAAGUCAGGGUGAGGUUUGCUAACUCAAAAAUGAAAUCUGUGAAGGUAAGGAGGAGAAACAGUGAGAAGGUGUUGAGGCCUGCAAAACAGACUUUUUAUGUGGAAAAGCCAAGAGGGGUUCAUCAUGUUCCUGCCAGGCUACCUGUUGAGUGCAGUCUUCCUCAGAGACAGCCCAGAGGAAAGUACCUUGUUAGGCGACCUACUUUUGCCGGGGAAGCUACUGGAAGGUCUUGCUCAGAAUCCAGCCUAUAUCCUGUGCCAUUUAGAGUCCCUCAAGUACCCACUACCCCUGAAUUGUAUCAGGCAUCUGCUAAUGCCAUGUAUUCUUUUGAAGCAGCUUAUAUAGACACAAAGAAAAAACAGCGCAAGUGGCAGUCCACAGUGGAAAUCUCAGCAAAGACCCACGUUGCCAAUAUUUCUAAUAGCUUUGCCUUGGGCCCACCCAGACACCAGGCAAAGAGAGCAGGGCUCCUGCGUGCUGUCAGCAUGAGAUCUCACUCGAAGCACCACUACCCCUUUCGUCCUGUAACUUAUGCCAAAAGCGAAUCUGACCAUUCUGAAUACUCUGCAGAAUGUGCCUCACUCUUCCACUCCACCAUUGCUGAGACUAGUGAAGGGGAGGGCAGUGACUAUACAGCCAACUGCUUUGGGGACAGCGAGUCUAGUGAAAGUGAUUCAGAAGGCAGCAGCAAAGUCAGCAGCCUGACCCUUGACUAUGAUGAUGAAGGGGAGGAGCAUGAACUGGUCUGGCCUAACCCUUCUCUCAGGCAGUCUGCAGUUGUGCAACCCUCUUCCAAGUCUCUUCCACCAGUGCCCAGACUCUGUCGCAUCAAAGCUUCAAAGGCACUCAAGAAGAAGAUUAGGAGAUUCCAGCCUGCCUCUCUGAAAGUGAUGACCAUGGUUUGAAGGAGAGAAAGCAACUAUUUUGUUAGCUGCCUUUGCCUUCCUUGGCAAAACAAAGGAGAAUGAACACUUACGAGUUUUGUUAAGCUAAAUGUGAUUAAACCCCUAGGUUCUCAAGGUGGGGGACCUUAUUCAUUUGCUAAUGCCUGUGUAAAUGACCCUGUUACUCAUUUCCUCUUUU